AUGGUGGGGACGAGAGCACCGCACGAACACGGACCUACGCUGGCCAUCCAGACAGACUACAGGGGAAAGGCGCCUGCUGGCCAUGACCGCAGAGGCGAGUCUGCGCGGGACGUCUACGGACGCUCGCGCAACGCGUCGGUGAGCUCUGCGGACGAGGAGGACCAAGUCCACACGCACCUGUCGGCCUCGUCUGCCGGUAACACGGACAUUUCGUCGUCGAGUGGCAUAUCCGCGAACUCGACCGCCCGCACCUCGACCAUGACUGACGACGACCGGCCCAGCGCUGUGGGGCCUACGAGCCCCUCGCAGCACGCACACCCCGCACUCACCGUCCUCGAACUCGUCUCCAACACGGCCUCCUCGUCGGCCCUGCCCGAUGCAUUCGACUUCAACGUCUCGCGGAAGGGCAACUUUGUCGCUGUCUACUCGUCGUCCAACAUCUGGCUGAUCAAGACUACACAGCUCCCUCGGCUAUGGGCGCGCACUCUGCAGGUCAAGCGCAAGCCUGUAGCCAUCGACAUCUCAGAAGAUGGCUUCUUGUUAGCAGUCUUGUCGCGACCGUCGCAGGUCGACCUGUACGAGAUACAUGGCGAGCAAGAUCGCCAGAUCAAGAAGAGGCGGACCGUGGCUCUGGUGCAUGAGGCUGCGUCCGUUGCCAUGUCACCCGACGGCCUCAUCAUGAUCACAGGAAACAAGUUCGGCAUCGAGGUCACUGCCAUUGGCACCAAUGCCCCUGAAACGGCUCAUCGCACCCUCACAGGGCCAGUGGGCGACACCCUCGAAUUCUCCGACGACGGCCGCACGCUGCUCAUCACGAGUUACGCACGUAAAUCCGCAAAUUCCUCCCUCUAUCUCUUGCCUGGCCUCUUCGACGGACCGCUCAACGAGGAGGGAGUGCCUAUCCCGGAAUCGCCAGACACCCUUUGGACGGGUUCGAUGCUCUUUCCGGAAACCGCAAAGAUAGCGCGGCAAGCCACGCUCCUUCCAGAUGCAGACACGGGCCACGUCAGCGAGCUCUUUGCAUUCAAUGCGCAGGAAGACACAUGGGGGGUGUACGAUAUUGCGACGAAGCGUUUUACCCAGCGGAAGAUGUUCUUGCCUGAUCAGCAGCGAUGGACGCGGUCCGAAUUUGUCGACGAUGCCAUGCCCGCCGUUUCUCCCAAUGCCGACUUGGCUGCAGUCUCGCUCAGGAUGCGCGGCACUACCAGCAUCUGGAUUUAUCAAGUUCCUGAAUGGGAUUUCCAAUCGACCACCAAAUCCGAUCUUUCACCUAUCCAGCCAUGCUUUUGCAUCCCAAUACUAAGCGACAGCCCCGACACCUAUCAGGAAAUUUGCGUUCUGCGAUGGGUGACGAUCAAUUCGAAAGUACAGCGUCUGAUCGCAGUUGGAAAUUCCAGCACCCUGUCAGCGGACGAAGUGCCAGACGCUUCAGCGGGAUCAAGAGGUGUCGUGAUCGUUCUGGAUUUUGAUAAGUCGAAGCCUGCUGGUAGUCCUAUACCACGACCUACGAAAACCGAGUAUGAUCUAGAUCCGCUUUGCCCAGGAGAGAUGCUGCCAGAAGGGUCAAUUGACUUUGAGCGUGAAGUGGAGCUAGUGAGGACCAGAACGUUGGCCCAACGUCGAGCUCAGGAUGCCAAUAACAGUGGUAGCCGCCGGAACUCCAGGAUUGGCUCCGCACCCAUUCGUGCGCGCACUUCGGCUACCAGAGAACGUCCUACAUCCAUUCGCCGACCCACCGAUGAGGACGAGCUGACCGCCGAAGAAGCCCAAGCUGCUUUCGAGAUGCCCUACGACAACCAGCAGCCAAGGUCGCAGAUGUCACUUGCAAGAGCCGCUACCGUAGCUGCAGUGUCUCCUGCCAACAGGCGGCAUCUUAGAGCCCUUCCUUUCCGACCAUUGGAGUACCGACGAGCCGAUGGCAUGCGAGAAAUGCCUCAUGAGAGUGAUGCUGACAACUGGGUUCCACCACCGCCAGCAUACACUGCUACCGCAGAAGCCUCUCAAAGUGUCAGCCUAAGUCAUCCCGAUGGGGCACCUGUUUCAAGCGCCUCAGGUACCUCAGCUAGUAUCACCGAGCCCGCAAUACCUCCAGUUCCUGCUCUACCAACGAACCUGGCGCGGUUCAUGCCUCCCGUGGCACCAACUCAUCCCUACCAGUCUCGAGGAGCUAUGCAGUCGCAGUCAUCGACCGACCUACCAUCGACAUGGACAAUUUCACCAACCUUCGUCACGCCUCCGCAACAGCGUCGCCCGUCCCUUUUACAUCCUACUACAUUUCCCAGCCCAGAAAACUCGAACUCAGGUCGGAGGCGUAGUUCUACUGCUAGCCGCACGCCUACGCCACAUAUUGCUCCUCAAAUGCCUAGGGUCCCAUCGCAGCACCAAUCCGCAUACCGCGCAACAGCAUCGCACUACAACAACCCAACGCGGCCGAACACCCGCCCUAGCCUUCGAGCACGCAGGGUCAUCGAGAGUACAGUCGACCUGCGCCCCCCGCCUAUCGUUGACCCUUCCAAUGGCCGUAGAGGUUCUGCUCCAGCUGUGGGUCACAUCCCGCGCAGACCCCUACCUGCAGGCGCAUCGCCUAAUCGUGUGAGCAUGCCGCCACCGAAUGCCAGGCGCAGCCUCCUCCCACGACUGACGACGCGAAAUGAUGCGACAUCGCAAUACGGCGUUGGGCCACUCUCUGCGCCGCCAGGCGUGGGCCCUGGACACGCGAGGGCGCCUUCAAGAUUGACUUUUAGAGGAAACGCUGGCGAGAAAACGGGUAGUCCGAAGAAGAAAAUCAACUGCGUUGUUAUGUAG